AUGUACCAGGUACCCAAUGGGUACUUUAAAAGAAUCAAAUGUCCUGAGGAAAGACGCAAUGGUACAUGUGAAGUGGUGAACUGCAUAUUUGGUCAUAUAGCCAACCAAUACGAACCCAAAGCUAAAAGACGUCAAACUAGCAGAAUCGAACCCGAAGCUGUCCAAUCGGAUUUACCCAAAACAGCCCAUUUAACCGACGAUACCAGGCCUUUAGAUGGAAUUGUGAAGAAAGAAAAGAGUUCUGAACAUGAUCCAGCCUAUAUUUUACCAAAAGAAGUUGUUCCGGCGCCGGCUCAGCUUUCUGCUCGCAAGCACUAUAUCAAGGUGAUGUCUAAAAUCAUAGCGAAAAUUGACCCCAACGAGCCUACGCCGAUAUUAAGAGCCACCGAAAUCGAAUACAAAGUGGCGCAAAACGCCACCACGGCCACAUAUGUCCAAUUGGUUAAGAAGAAAGCAUAUGAGUUGGAACACCCCGAAAAAUUCAAACGCAGGACCAAAGAAUGGACAGAUAGCGAUUUCUUGGAAGCUCUUGAGCAGCGCAUAGUACCACAGGAAACUCUAAGCAAAUUCGGGUAUAUUACUCUGGCGCCCAAACCCAUUAUUCCUAGUAAUAAUCGCAUAUGUCGACGGUGUUCGACGGAAUUCAAAUUGGAAGAUCAACUCGAAUCAAAACGAUGUUUCUAUCAUCCAGGAAAGAUAGCCAAGAAGGACAAGAAUACCCGGAUCUACACUUGCUGCUGUGCUGAAGUGACGCCUGAAACUGACCCUUGUACCAGCGCAGACCACCACGUUUUCAGCUGGUCUAAUCCAGGCGAGAUGCACUUUUUCCUUCCAUUCAAGUCUACCGAAGAUCUCUUUCCCUUCAACGACAAAGCAUACAAAGCCAUUGGUAUCGACUGUGAGAUGGGUUUCACCACCCAGGGAUUCGAACUCUUACGAGUUACAGCAAUUGACUUUUUUUCAGGCAAGGAAGUUAUUGACAUACUUGUGAAACCAAUUGGGGAAGUUGUGGACUUGAAUACCAAGUUUUCAGGUGUAGCAAGUAUCAAAGAUGACGCAGAUAGCUUUUGGGAGGGUAUAUCCAAGCUAGGCCAAGUCAUGGACCAUAGGACCAUACUCAUAGGCCAUGGUCUCGAGAACGACUUGAAUGCCAUGAGGAUAUUGCACAAGCGAGUGAUUGAUACUGCAAUCUUGUAUCCGAAACAUAAGGCCACACCGAAGUUUAGGUACUCGUUGAAGCAGCUUGCGUUUGAAUAUCUUGGUCGCGUGAUCCAAACUGGUGAGCAUGAUAGUGGAGAAGACUCGCUUGCGGCUAUAGAUGUUGUCAAGCAUUUUAUAAAGAAAGAAGAUGAGCAAACCAGUCGAUAA